AUGCGCGCCAUCGGAGGGCUCUUCAAGCGCAAGAGCAUCGACGCGGACGACCCCAUGGCGCCCAGCGACAGCGAGGCCUCGCAGCGACCGUCUACCUCGCGCUGGUCCCGCUGGUCGCAGUCGCACCGCCAGUCGCUGCCUGAGGCGCCGAUGGAGGUGACGGCCGUGGCCGUACCGGAAGCCGCCCCCAUCCAGGAGAACGAGCCGCCGGCGCCCUCCUCCCCGGUCAAGCAGUCGCCCACUGACCCGUCGGCGCUGCUGCUGGCCGGCGUCGAUUCGGACGACGAAAUGCCGGCCGAGCCGGCGCGCGUGUCGUUCCUGUUCUUCGGGGGCAGCGACGUGGACAGCACCUUCCAGCCGGAGCUCCGGCCCUCGGAGCUCGACGACCUGCACGAGAACGAGAUCCGCCCGUCGCUGCAGGUCAAGAUGCCGCUCUUCUUCUCCCCGCCGCUCGUGGAGAACAUGCGGCGCAGCAGCAUCCUGCCCGACCCGAAGGAGUACGAGUUUUAA